AGCUAUGGAAAUUAAGAUGUCAUCCUAUAAUUGCUGGCGCAUACACUUGAGUCUUAAGCAAGUGAAAUAAAACUAAAUAAAAAGUCAACAAAUAAAUUGAUAUUGAAUAUUCUGAUAAUAUUUUUAAAGAUUUCAACUAGAGCCUCAAAUAAAAGAAUUAUGAAUAGGGAUGGAAACGAAGAUUGA